GACGGUCACGUGAUGACACAGAAGGAAACCCAGGAAGUCCGUCGAACAAGAGUCUGAGCACAUAAACAAUACACAAAGAGCAGAGCUAAAGUCAAAGAGAAAGUUUCACACGUUUAUCGCAAUGGCCGGCAUUAAAGCACUGGUUGCUUUGUCCUUCAGUGGGGCCAUUGGACUCACAUUUCUUCUUCUGGGCUGCGCACUGGAACAGUACGGGGUAUACUGGCCGCUGUUUGUCCUGAUUUUCUACAUAUUAAGCCCCAUCCCGACCUUCAUAUCCAGACGCCUCAGUGAUGAUGACUCCUCCAGCAAUGCAUGCAGAGAGCUGGCCUACUUCUUAACAACCGGCAUCGUGGUAUCAUCUUUUGGGCUCCCCAUUGUGCUCGCUCGCACUACCACAAUCCAGUGGGGUGCUUGCGGUCUGGUGAUGACAGGAAACGCUGUCAUCUUCCUCACCAUCCUUGGCUUCUUUGUCGUGUUCGGAGGUGGGGACGACUUCAGCUGGGAGCAGUGGUAGUACCUUCAGACAGUGGACAGACCGAAGCAGGGACAGACGGAUGGAUGGGUAGGUGGGUAGGUGGGUAGUUGAAUGGAUAGACUGCAGACUGAGGGGCCCAUGUGUCCUGCACUCAAUGUGCACAGUGUGGGCUGCAAAAUGUCUAAUUCACUGGGCAUCUUUUCAGGCCGACUUUUAUAUUAAAGGGUAUUUGGGUUGGAGACAACACUAUGUACCCUAUUAAUGUGCCUUAUGUCUGGGACCGUGGAGACGCGGAGGCCUAUCCACCCUAACCCAUGUACUUUAGCUUGUCUCGCCUUUGUUUCAACCCCCAAAUCACCCUGCUCAUUGCAGCUUCCUGCUAUUUUGUUAUGCUUCAGUUAAUCAAUAUCAUAAAGGGAUCCUAAAGAAUAACUCUAUUGUAAUGUACACUGCAUUACCUAGGGCAGGGGGGGUAAUGUUAUCCUAAUCCAUGCUAUCUGACGACUAGUUGUAGGAUUCCUAAUCAGGUAAAGAUUUAUUUGUAUGGCGAUGAUGUUGUUGUUCUUUUUCAUUUUUGCUACAAGCCUUUCUUUCUGUUCUGGUGCAAUUGUUUACAUUCUCACCAAAGAUCAUUUUAGAGUGCAAAAGUGGAGUGUAUUCACCUCCUGAACUGUGGAUUUUCAUCCGUGCUAUGCAGCAAUAUGAUCCUCCAAAGCAAGCGAAGCCAUUUUUGAGAAGGCGCUGUUUAGUGAAAAUCAUACAUCUAAGUGUGUGUGUUCAAUUAUUGUGUUAACAGGCCAGAGAAAGCCACCACAUCCAUUUUAUAUUCCUGCAGACGACAAAGAAGUUCAUACUAUUGACAAGAGCAUGAUAUUAAUUUGUGUAUGAUAUUGUUACAUGUUGAAUGGUAAAUAUGAGAGAUGUAUGAUUUUAGGCCAAGUGCUUUUGUCCUAAAGGAGAGAGCUUUACCUGCAAACUCAUUCACAAGUGCCUGUCAUCCACAGUGUAUAUUUUGUUUGAUAGAGAAACCACUGUGAUUCGGUUUUAGUGUUUCAUCAUCAGGGGCCAUUGAAAUUUGUAACUGUAAAUCAAUAUUACAUCCUCAUGUUCUAUUUCAUCAUUGUCGGACUGUUAAUGACAUUCUGAGGUUUGUAUGAUUAUUAAAAGUAGUUAGUGUCUGUCCUGUAUACGUUCUGAUUUCCUGAUUCCUUAACUGCUUUUCAAUGGAAAUAUUAUACUGUAUGUCUCACAACUGACAUAAAGAAAGCUUGUUCUUUCUAUUGUGACUCCCACACCCACACUAACGAGCGCUGAAGAGCUCUGAGGUUAUUUUAUAAGCUCCUGACUGCAUUUUGUGUUCUAACAUUGAAUAAAACUCUCUGUAUAGUGAAACUAA